GCGUAAAAAUUUGGGAGGAACACUACUUUGUUUUUGUGAACGGUUGGUUUCCCGCUUUUUUCCUUCUUCUUCAUCCUUUAUACACUUCCACCCUCCCCUUUAUAUCAUGUCUGGUGUCGAGUUCAGCAUCGACAGACCCUUUGGUAUCUAUCUCUGGGACUACUUUGACCAAGCCUUCACUGCUGUCCUUGGCAAGUCGGCCAACGACUUUGCGUUUGUCGAAGGCGAGACGCCUUUCUCCACCAUUCCUGAAGUGGUUGUUGGUUGUGUGACCUACCUCAUGGUGAUCUUUGGCGGUCAGUACAUUUUGCGCGAUUCGAUGCCAUUGCGUCCCAAGUUCAUUUUCCAGGUCCACAACUUGCUGUUGACGUUGGUCUCACUCGCUAUCCUGCUGCUGCUUAUUGAACAAUUGGUGCCUCAGUUGGUCCGUCAUGGCUUGUACUGGACUAUCUGCUCCUUUGACGCGUGGACCCAGAAGCAUGAGCUCUUGUACUACUUGAACUAUCUCGUCAAGUAUUGGGAACUGAUUGAUACCGUGUUCUUGGUGGUCAAGAAGAAGAAGUUGGGUGGUGAUGAAAAGGAACGAGCCGAUGGAUUUAAAUUCUUGCACGUCUUCCAUCACAGUAUGACCAUGGUGCUUUGCUACACUCAGCUCGUUGGUCGUACCACUGUGUCGUGGGUUCCUAUUGUGUUGAACUUGACCGUGCACGUUUUGAUGUACUACUACUACUUCCGCACAGCCUCGGGCGCCAAGAUCUGGUGGAAGAAGUACUUGACGACGAUGCAAAUCAUUCAGUUCGUUAUUGAUUUGUUUGUGAUCUACAGCUGCACCUACACGUUCUAUGCUAACAAGUACGCUCUCCAGUUGCCCAACUUUGGCACGUGCUCCGGUGGUGAAGGAGCUGCUUGGUUCGGCUGUGCUAUCCUGUCUUCUUACUUGGUUUUGUUCAUCAACUUUUACCGUAUGACCUAUAAUGCCAACAAGAACAAGAAGAAUGCUGCUGCUGCUGCUGCUGCUGCCACGGUCAAGAAGAGCAAAAAGAUCUAA